UCCACCGAGGCGAUCCACGGCGUCGGGCAGUCCCAGAUCCAGCUGGUCAUCCCGUACCUCCGGCAAGUGGCCGACUCUGUGGAUCUCCGGUCGAUAAGGGCCCUGAAGAGGGUCCUGACGCGGCGUCCCGCUGAGGAUAUCGAAGCCCCCCUCUCCAAGAAACUCUGCGACGGCUUGGAAGAGUCCCGCGGGAACUUGAAUGAGGAGACCACCGGUGCGUCAGAGAGACUUUUAAACGUUUCCGUUGGUGACGAACAGACCACCACCCUGACCACGGUCCCGUCACAGGCGGGGCACGAGCGCCAUCAGCAGUAUGAGCUCCGCCUCCCCUGCACCUCCACCCCCCUCGGCUGGCAUCCCCACCGUGGCCCGGCUCACCAAAUCAAACGCACCCGUCCAUAUUGAUGUUGCGGGCCACAUGUACACCAGCAGCUUGGCAACGCUCACUAAGUUCCCAAACUCACGUAUCGGUCGUCUGUUCAACGGGACAGAGCCCAUCGUGCUGGAUAGCCUGAAGCAGCACUACUUCAUUGAUCGUGAUGGUCUCAUGUUCCGCUACGUACUCAACUUCUUGCGGACCUCAAAGCUCCUCAUACCAGAUAACUUCAGUGAGUACUGUGCGCUGUACGAGGAGGCCCAGUUCUUCCAGCUGGAGCCCCUGCAGGCGGAGCUGCGGCGCUGGAGGAGCGAGCGGCGGUCCGAGGCCCUCGAUGGACACGCGUGCAGCCGGUGCGUCGUGGUCCACGUGGCCCCUGAGGCGGGGGACCGGGUCUCCCUGAGCGCCGACCGCAGCGUCGUCCGCGAGGUGUUCCCUGAGCUGCGGGACGCUGUGCGGGUCUCCGGCUCUGGGCAGCAACCUACCACGCACGCCGUCCGCUUCCCGCUGCCCGCGCACUGCCGCCUCCACUCUGUACAGGUGCUGGAGCGGUUGCAGCAGAAGGGCUUCCAGAUAGCGGCGGCGUGCGGCGGGGGGGCUGACGCGUCGCAGUUCAGAGAGUAUGUUCUGCUCAGAGGCAAAGGAAGAGGCGACCCACAGCCCGUCAAACAGGAGCCACUGGAAUGAGUGGUUGUUUAACCACGGAGACCAGAGGACUCUAUGGCUUCCGAUCAGAAAUCCUCUCUUCCUAAUUAUUUCCAACCCUAUAAAAAUCAAGCAAUGGACAUUGGCCGGGUGACGACCCAAUUAUAAUA